GUUCCUGACCUUCAAGGGUUUCCAUAGACUUUUAUUUGUCCUUCCUUGCUUACAAUGACUGGAAUCAAGUUCAGAAUCGCUUUGAUUUGUGGCCGAGAUCUCGCUGCUGCUGACAAGACAGGAUUUUCAGACCCAUAUGGUGUUAUCCGAGUCAAUGAAAAGAAAUAUACCACGCAAUAUAUCAAGCAAACUCUGAAUCCAGAUUGGGAUUUUCACUUUGACAUCAGUGUUUCACCGUCUCGAGCACCGAAGCAUAUCGCUGUGACGCUCUGGGACAAGGACAAAUUUGGUAGAGACUUUAUGGGUGAGCUGAUGAUACCCUUUCGAAAUGUUUUCGAUCGAAACCAAGGUGAUUCCUUCGGUGGGCUUCCCAUGAACUACAACGACCCAGCAAAUCAACCUUCAUGGUUUUCAUUGAACAAGCGUAGUGAGAAAGAUAACGUCAAGGGCCAAGUCAUGAUGAAGUUUGGCUUCGUAGAAGAUGUCAUCCGCAGUCCCACCGAGUACGCAAGAUACUGGGAUGAAAUAACCCGAUAAACAUCUCAGCCAAAUACAAGCAUUGUUUUUAUAUAUAGAUAGAAAACCUCAUCCAACAAAAACCACAUUACAUAUGUUUUGAAUUC